AUGCAUAUUUUCAUAUGCUUCAGAAUACAAACUGUAGCUAUUAUUGGUGGUGAUGUUAGUGGUUUAAUAUCCAUAAAAUGUUGUUUAGAUGAUGAUCUAUUACCAACAUGUUAUGAAAUGACUAAUGAUAUUGGUGGAUUAUGGAAUUAUGAUGCAAAUGCUAUUGAUGGAAAAGCAAGUGUUAUGAAAUCAACUGAAGUCAAUACAUCAAAAGAAUUUAUGGCUUUUAAUGAUUUUCCACCAUCAGCUGAUUAUUCAAAUUAUAUGCAUAAUGCAAAAUUAUUAUCAUAUUUUCAUCUCAAACCGAAUCAUCAUCCUUUACAACAACAUCCAUUUAUUAAUGAUAAUUUACCAAAUCGAAUCAUAACUGACUCAGUGAUAAUUAAGCUAAAUGUAAAAGAGUUUACAUCUGAUGGUCAUGAUGUAAUAUUCGAUGAUGGUAUACGAAUUGAUCAUAUCGAUUGUGUUCUUAUGGCAACUGGUUUUAAUAUAUCAUUUCCUUAUUUAAAUGAAUUCUAUUCUAUCUAUCAAAGAUAA